AUGGAAGAAGAUAAACAAUAUAAAGUACUAUUAAUUGGUGAUAGUGAUGUUGGUAAAACAUCAAUUGUAAAAAGAUUUUCAGAUGAUACAUUUGACGAAGAUUUAUUAUGUACAAUUGGUGUAGAAUUUAAAAUGAAAGAAGUUAAAGUCGAUGGUAAAAAAGUAGAUUUAUGUAUCUGGGAUACUGCAGGACAAGAGAAAUUUAGAGCACUUAUUUCAUCAUAUUAUAGAGGUGCACAUGGUAUUAUAUUAACAUAUGACGUUACAAAAAGAGAAUCAUUUGAUAAUUUAAAUUAUUGGUUGAAUGAAGUUGAAAAUUUUGCAAAUCGUAGUAAUUUAGUUAAACUUUUAGUGGGUAAUAAAAUAGAUAAAGAGAAUAGAGAAGUCACCAGAGAAGAGGGUGCAGAAUUUGCAAAGAAAAAAGCAAUGCUUUUCAUUGAAUGUAGUGCAAAAUCAAAGAUUGGUAUUCAACAAGCAUUUGAAGAAUUGGCUCAAAAAAUUAUAGAAAUCCCUCAAAAUACAUCUUCAUCACAACCAAAACAAAGAAAUACUGGUAGUGUUAAAGUUGAAGAUGAACCUGAUCAUAAUCAAGGUGUUUGUAGUUGUUAA